GUCCACCGCUGCUGGGUCUGACUCUUCCCCCGGGCGCGCUGGGCAGACUUUCAGCUGUAGUUGCCUCUUUGCCUGCGGCUGUUGCUGCUGCCAUGGUGCCUGUCUGUGUCAGUGCAGCCUGACUAACCUGCGGACAGGAGAAGCCUGGAUAGAGAGAAGACAAACAUGGCCACUGUGGGUGCUGCGAGUGGCUUGAAGAACUGCAUCACCACCAGCAGCAGCCCUGAUUUCUGCACCUUCAGCUGGUUCAGGGACCCAUUUAUGUGUCGUUUGUCAGCAAGGCCAUCUUGUGGGAGAGAGGACUCUGCCAGCACACUGCACAUGAACGUCCUCGUCAUCGUCCUCUCUUGUGUCCCCGGUUCUUGUCUCACAUGAGGGCUCGUCCUGAGGUCCUCAGACCUUCUUGUUCCCUGAGCUCCAAGUCCAGACCACAGCCUCCGUCUCAGAGGAGGACAACCAGCACACACACUCUCGCUGCCCUGAGGACACAGACGCUGGAUGGUUUCUUCCAUCCCAGUCCAGACAGAAGAAGAAAUGUUGUGCAGGCUGACGGAGGUCCGAUCGCAGGAAAGCGGUCUGCUGUUGUUAUUCCCUGUCCACCACUCCCUUCUACUCCACCAUCAUCCACCAUUAAUCACACACCUCCCCAUCAAAACACCCUUCAGCCCGACUCAAAAGGAAAACAAAGCAAGCCAAACUCUGUGCCAGCAUCUCCCUCCAGCCCUCAGCAUGCUCCAGAGGAAAAAGACAUUCAGCAGAGGGAGACACAACCUGUUGUGUUGUCCAUCACAGACGAGCCGGCUACACCAGAGCGUUCACUGUCACUGACCUCCAUGUGCUCACAUGGGUCUCUCUCAGAUUUAAGUCGUCCUCCUUCCAGUCUGUUCAGUCGAAGCACAGAUCUUGCCAGUGGCAGAAGCAGCGUCCUCUCUGCAGAUAUCAGGGAUUCUGACCCAGAAGGCAGACCUGGUCUCUCAUCACUCCAGCCUUCUCAAGUGAUGCAGUCACCUUUGGCUUCUUGCCCUCCAGCAGGAUCCAGCCCUCGCCCAACAUCCACAAACAUCACGACCACCCCUGCACUCCGCGAACCACUGCUCGGCCAAACCAAAGCUCUCUCACCGCGUCCAACAUCAGGCGUCCCUCCUCAGACAGACAUCGCUCUGGGCAGGUGUGAAAGCCCAAAAACAAAGAAUCUCCACAACGGGGCAUCUCUAGAUCCUGGUGUAAACUCAUCCUCUGGCUCUGAUCAUGGCCCCAUCACCCUGGCAUUCCCAUCUGCUACUUGGUCCCCCUGCCCAAGUCCACAGAGGACCACUCCCCGCUCAGGGUCAGGACCAAAGCUGACCCCUUCAGCGUCAGUGACUCGGCUGGAGUCUCAUAGUUGGCCUGUCCUGCCUCCCAUCUCCCCUGUCAGAGGACGCUGUGGCACUUCAGCAUCUCGCUCGUCUGAGCUCAGCUGCAGUCAGUCUCAUGUGUUUGAUGAGCUGGAGGCCAUCGCCCCUCGAUCCACUUCCUGUCCGUCUCUGGACGAGGCUGCAGACUCAUCUGGCUGCCCCUCACCUGAUACAGCGCUCUCUUCUGGCCUGGCAGCGCUGACGGUGGGCUGCGACUCAGGGAAUCUGGGCUCCCUGUCCCGGGUACAGCUGCUCCUCCUAGACCGACUGGAGCCGGAGAACCUGCCAAGUCCCUUCGGUAUGGAGGAGGAGCAGGAUUGGGAUCUGAGGGAGCAGUAUGAUCCAGAACUGGAAGGUGUUUUGAGGCCCCUCACAGCUGGCAGCAUCUCUGAAAGGUGUGACUCUCCGGGGAAAGUCCAACAAAACAAAUCGGAUCAGUCUGAAGGAGGUUCUGGUUCACCAUCCUCUUGGAUCAUAGACCCGAGUCCAUCACAUGACAUGUUCGGAUCAGCCUCUCCUCCUGGUUCCAGUAAAGAGGACGAGGGCCCCAACGAGGAGGAGUUUAGUUAUCCAGGAUGGAGAGAAGAGGAGGAAAGAAGGAUGGAGGAGAGGAAAACUAAGGCGCUGAGCAUGCUGUCCAAACUGCAGGACGACAGACCCCGUCGUCAGGCAAACGGCAACAAAGGUCGCUCCAACUUUGAGGACUUCGACUUUUUGGCAAAGUAUUGCAUUUUCAGUCAGGAGAAGCUGGCGGAGUACAAAAGAGCUUUUGAGGCAGAGGACAGUGACGCUGACGGUUACAUCUCCAGCCUUCAGGUUCUGCUUGCUCUCAAAAACAUCAUCCCUCCAGAGCUCCUGUCUGACGAAGAGGAGAUCUACGUCUACAGGAUUCUGGAGAUGGUGGACUUCAGAGUGACAGAUGGACUCGUGGACCUGAGGCUCUUCGCUGUGAUCUCGAGUCUGGCACAGAAAGUCGCCACCAUGGAUGAGUUUAUGAGAUCUCUGAUCAGCGACAUGGACUUCCGCUCCUUAGAAGUGAGGCUCUUCAAAGCGAAGCAACUGUUCCUGUUCCUCCUGGAGGAGCAGCGAGGAGACGGCGGCGCUCAGCAGGGCUUCAUCAGCGCCGAGCAGCUGCUUCUGGAGCUGAAGGCCGGAGGGAUCCACCUGGAGCAGGAGGCGGCCAUCAGGCUGGAGCUGCAGCACAUCCCGCCCCUCGACCUGCUCGACUUCCUGGCCUACCUGCCGCUCUUCAUGCUCAUUCACAAGUCGGUCAUCUCCAACCCGCUCGACGACUCCAGCAACCUCUGAAUGUCUCAGUCGCUGCAGCGUGUGGCUCAGGUAUCAGCAUUACUGCCACAAUCAUCAGCACUUGUUAGGUAGUAAAGUCAGAAAUCCUGUGAUCUUUAACAGCAUUGAAAAAAACAUAAUUCCGCUGUGGUUUCAACUCAUUACUGGUUCACACCUGCCGGGGUAACGUAAAGACUUGUUCACCUUUAAAUUAAGUACGAGCAAGGGAGUGGGGGAAAAAAUAAAACGUUUGGCCAACUUCCAGCUUGUAACUGCAAGACAAAUACUGGGGAUUUCUGUCACCAACAACAUCUCCCCUGCAUCUUUAAGUUACAGCAAACUACAAUCUGUACAAAUGCUUAAACAGUUAAUAUCCAGUUAUAUCCAUUAUUUCCAACAGUGUUUGGUUUGCCUGUUGCUGUAACUUCUGGAUGCAGCCAGAGAAUAAUGAAAGAUAGAGACUCAACUGGCGGUGAAUAAAACUUUAAAACUUUACCUCAUCGUUGAACUUCUCUGCCUGAGUCACUUCAGAUGGUUUUUCAUCAACAAUGGUGUUUGUUUAAAGUUGAAUUCACCACCAGCAAAGCAAGUUCGACCGCAGGACCAUUUGUGUUUAUUCAAGUUUUUUUAGUCCCAAACAGCCGGAUUACUUUACUGUACAUGAGCUGUGAGUGAUCAUGUAAAAGCACGCUGCAUGGUAUAAGUGUGUCUUUGUUUUAAAAUUCAGACUCAUG